CGAGAAGGGGGAAAAUGUGAUUGUUGUGUGAACGAGGAGGAACAAACCGUCGGUUUUUACGGUCUGGCUCGUGGACGUGAAGAGGCAGCAUGUCUCUGUUCAAAGCCCGUGAUUGGUGGUCGGCAGUUCUUGGCGAGGGAGAGGAAUUUGACCAGGGAUGCCUGUGUGUCGGAGAUGUGGACAACAGCGGCACCGGACAUGACAAAGUGGUGGUGGGCAGCUACAUGGGAAUGCUGCGGAUCUUCUCCCCACAUGCCAAUAAGUCCAGUGAGGGAGGUAUAGCUGAUGCCCAGCUUCUUGAGGUCCAGCUUCAAAAUGCCAUCAUCCAGAUGGAAGUGGGCAAGUUUGUCUCGUGUUCGGAGCUUCUUCACCUGGCUGUUCUUCACCCCAGGAAACUGUCCGUCUACUCUGUGUCAGGCACUGCAGGCAACGUGGAGCACGGUGACCAGUACCAGUUGAAGCUGGUUUAUGAACACAACCUGAAAAGAACAGCCUGCAACAUGACUUACGGCACCUUUGGAGGAGUCACGGGUCACCACUCCCUGUGUAUCCAGUCUAUGGACGGGAUGCUGAUGUUCUUCGAGCAGGACAGUUACUCCUUCGGCAGGUUCCUCCCUGGGUUCCUGCUGCCAGGUCCACUGGUCUACAACAGCAGAACAGACAGCUUCCUCACCGUGUCCUCCGCGCGCCAGCUGGAGAGCUACAAGUAUGAGACUCUGUCCGUGGCUACAGAAGCAGAGAGUCGACAGGAUCCGGACCUGCCGCUCAAGACUGGAGGCAAGAGGCUGACGCCUGACUGGACGUUUGUCCUGGGAGAACAGGCCCUGGACCUCUCUGUGCCCUCCUUCUCCCACUCCUCCGCCUCCGUCUUCGUCCUGGGUGAGAGGAACCUCUACUGUCUCCGUGACAACGGUCAGAUCCGCUUCAUGAAGAAGCUGGAGUAUAACCCCAGCUGCUUCCUCCCCUACACCUCAGUGACGGAUGGCACCACCAACCUGUUGGUAGGUAACCACACCAACAUGCUGCAGGUCUACCAGGAUGUGACUCUGAAAUGGGCGGCCCAGCUCCCCUUUGUGCCUGUGGCCGUUCGCAUCUCCAACUUCCAGGAGCUGAGGGGAGUGGUGGUCAGUCUGAGUUCGGACGGUCACCUCCUGUGCUCGUACAUGGGCACAGACCCCUCCUUCUUCUCCACGCCCAAGGUGGACGCCAGGGAGGCCGACUAUGAGCAGGUGGACGCUGAGAUGAAGAAGCUGCAGAAAUUCAUCAGAGAGGUCACCAGGACUCAAGAUAUCCUCCCUAAGACUGAUGCUGAGGAGGACCUGAUUGUUACAGCUGCUGUGUCCUCCAGCAUGGACAGCCCAUCGCAAGCUCUGAUCCAGGAUGCCGGUGGUCUGCCCGUCCCUUCAGUGACCAUACAGGUGAAGGUGAAGGCCAGUUGUGUUAUGCAGGCCUCUAAGAUGACAGUCGGCGUCCAGCCUCCUCUGGCCGUCACUCAGGACCAGUUUGCCCUCGAGCCCAUGGGUGUUGGUUCCUCCACCGUUGUGGAAUUUUCGGCUUUCCUCAACGGCCACUACCCCCCCGCUGAUCUGACCGGAGACAUCACUGUGUCCUACAGCUCGCCAACAGAGCUAAAUCCCAAAGGAGUUCCCAGGGUUCUCCAGUGCAGGUUCCGUCUACCUCUGGCGUUGGUGUGUGUUCCCUCCUCUCCGACCAAAACCACCAAGUUCAAGAUAACUGUGGAGACCAACCAGCCGCCAGUCAACCUCAACUCCAUCUUCCCAGAGUUUUCAUCAAAAUCAGAAGAUAAGGACGGGAAUACCUUGGCUUUCCAGUUCCUGUCAGGAGCCAAGGUUACUGUGCUGGCCUCCAAGACCUCCCAGCGUUACCGUAUCCAGAGCGACAGUUUUGAGGACAUGUGGCUGGUGGUGAAAGAGCUGGUUCAGAGGUUCGACCAGCAUUUCUCCAAACUGGGGGUCAAGGACUUCAAGAAAAGUUUCAGCGGACCGCUUCCCCUGCAGGAGUACUUCCUGUCAGUAGACCACCACUUCCAGCUGCGUGUCAGUGCUCAGCAGUACCAGGACCUGCUGUCGGAGCGAGCGGUCCAGUUCAGAGCCAUCCAGCGCCGCCUGCUGACUCGGUUCAAAGACAAAACCCCUGCACCUCUGCAGAACCUGGACACACUGCUGGACGCCACGUACAGCCAGGUGAUGGCGCUGGCGGAGGCGGCGGAGGAGAACCGGGCUCUGCUGGAGGAGGCGUUCGUCCGUCUGCGGAGCGCCACACACCUGCUGGUGCUGCUGCUGUCGCUGUGGCAGGGCCUGACCCCCGACCAGACCGCCAUCCUGGAGGCCACGCUGCUGCCGCUGCUGCACGACACGCCACAGCUGGGCUGGGAGGAGAGCUGCGACGCUGCCGUCUCCCACCUCCUGCGGAGCUGCCUGUCGCGGAGCCCCAAGGACCAGGCCACAUCUCUGGCCCAGGCGGGAGGCCCUGUGCUCACCCUCCCCCGUGACACCGACCGCCUCAAGAAGCACAUCACCCUGAUGUGUGAUCGCAUCGGGAAGGGAGGUCGUCUCACCCUGGCGUCCGAGGCCAACGUCCAGGUCCCCGCCCAGGUCCAGAACCUGGCUGCUCCCGGAGGUGUGGAGCCCAUAGCAGAGGUGGCCGGUGACGGGGAGGAGCUGGAGCUCCCGCAGGAGGCCACCAAGUUCAUCAAGAAGAAACAGCCGUCUAAGAAAGUCAAGAAAGACAAAGAGAAGAAAGAGGUGUCACGGGAGUCGUCAGAGGCCGCCGUGAAGGAGGAGGCAGGAGACGCAGAGGAGCCGGUCAAGGUGGCGAAAAAGGAAAAGAAGGAGUCGUCCAAGGAGAAGAAGGAGUCAAAGAAGGAUUCGAGCAAAGAGGCCAAAGAGCCCAAGGAGGAGACGAAGAAAGAGUCCAAGAAGGAACAUUUCGCUGACUCUCUGCUUCCUCCUUCCUCCUCCUCCUCCUCCUCCUUCCUCCUCGUCUUUGUCGUCUGGCCUAAGCGGCAGUUGAACCCACAGCCCUGCACCUCCCUAAUCCCAGUCAGGCCCCAAACCACCCCCCCGCCCACACUCUCCUCUGGAUGUGAUGUCAGACCCCGCCCUCUCACCCCCCUCGCGUGGCACCGGGCCUCGCCAGAGCCUCCCCCGCCUCGCCGCUAA